AUGAAUUCAUCCAGUCAAAAAAACAUUACUCCGAUAUUAACUAAAAUUAAUACAAGGAGUAAUUCUAAAAACUUGCAAUGUUCCACUUCCUCCAACGACCUGAUGGAAACACUUCAGUCUUUCCCCAAGGAAUUCCUAAGAUCCGUCGAAUCUCAAUCCACAGUGCAUAUAUCAAAAUUUAAUGAACUUAAAUGUGAUUUAAAGGAGCUUUCUUCUCUUGUCACCGAUCUAAAGGCCGAGAAUACUAUACUUAAGGAGGACAUUUUAGCCAGAUCCAUCCAGUAG